AUCGAAUGUAGUAGAAACGUCAAAUUAUACAACAGCCAAAAAAGUUCAAUCGGGAGCUGCAAUCAUUGCGUUUAUUAUUGCGUGAAUAAAGUUAUAAAAUAUCACCGUUCCAUUGCAGCAUCGCUCGCACGGAUAGUGGCAAACGCUUUGCACCAUUCCUGACCGUUGGCAUCCAGUCGCUCGACAUUUUGAUUGUGAGAGCAUCGAUUUCAGCGGGCAGCAUCCAUCUUGAUAACACAACCUUGCGCUAGCAUGUUUACAGUAAACACACAUCAGCACCAAAUACUGUUUCACCUGUCUCAGAUUACGCCACGACAUAGCAGCAUUGCCUUCAAGAAGCACCAUAGACACCAUCAACACCAUCAGCAGCAGCAGCAGCCUCAGCAGGGAAGGGAAGCAGUAUCUCAGCUAGCGCAGCAGGAUUUUGUGCCACGCUUGAAACAAUCGCUCGUCACGUUUUACACCGAUGCGUUCCGCAGCUCAGUCGAGCCGUCUCCGGCGGGAGCAGCGCCCGCGCAAGUGCCGUCGGAGGAGCUGUACCGGCUGAAGUUACCCCGCCGGUUGGAGCGUAAUUUGCUAAAGCACUUCAGCCAGGUGGAGCUGCUGGGUAGCAUCAAGGAAAGCACGCCCUGGAGUUUGAACGUUACGCCCAAGGUAAAGCAUGGAAAGCGUGAUGCAAUCGCUGAGACUGUGUCGUUCAGUGGUGAAUCGGUGCAGAAAAUUGUCCGCAGUCUACUGGCGCAGCCCACCAGCUGGAACACUGUCCAGCAGCGUGGCUUUAAGACGGUUCGUUCGAUAAGCGCCGAACUCAAGCGCAAUCCGGCUCUGUACACACGCAUGAAGGAUGCAUUGGGUAAUCCAGCACCGCCAAUCUCGCACAAGUACGACCCGGUGGCGUACUCAGCACAAACCAUUGCCCCGUCGGCACAUGGCGAGCCACUGAAUAAGCUUUUGGCCGACGAUCCGAUGCUGUCGGACGAGCAGCGACAGCGGUUGAAGAUUGCUUUCGCCGAAGGCUACCUCACCGCAUCCCAUCCGGAUCAGCAGAACCGCUCUGGCAAGGCGAUGAAGUAUUUGAAAUUCUUCCAGCAGCUGCUAAUCAUCGUCGUGUUUAUCGGCAUCUUCAUCAGCAUGUUCGCAUCGCCGAAUGGAUCCGUGUUCAGUAGAAUACAAAUCGGCAAUCAGGUGGAAGUCGAUCCCGAGGACAUUACCGUGACGUUUGAGGAUGUGAAGGGCUGCGACGAAGCAAAGCAGGAGCUGAAGGAGGUGGUUGAGUUCCUGAAAAACCCGGGCAAAUUUAGCAAUCUAGGUGGCAAGCUGCCCAAGGGUGUGCUGUUGGUAGGACCGCCCGGGACGGGAAAGACGCUGCUUGCCCGUGCCGUCGCCGGAGAGGCUGGUGUGCCAUUCUUCCACGCUGCUGGGCCAGAGUUCGAUGAGGUUCUAGUUGGACAGGGAGCACGCCGCGUUCGUGAUCUUUUCAAGGCCGCCAAGGAGCGUGCGCCAUGCGUAAUCUUUAUCGAUGAAAUCGAUUCCGUCGGUGCGAAGCGUACCAACUCGGUGUUACAUCCGUACGCGAACCAAACGAUCAAUCAGCUGCUGUCGGAAAUGGACGGCUUCCAACAGAACGAGGGCGUGAUCGUGCUGGGUGCAACGAACCGACGCGAUGAUCUUGACCAAGCGCUGCUGCGACCGGGCCGUUUCGAUGUGGAGGUGGUGGUGCCGACGCCCGACUUUACCGGACGGAAGGAAAUUCUCAAUUACUAUUUGGGCAAAAUUCUUAGCCGGGAGAUCAACAUCGAUCAGCUUGCCCGAGGGACGACUGGAUUCACGGGAGCGGACAUUGAGAAUAUGGUCAAUCAGGCGGCUUUGCGCGCGGCAAUCGACGGAGCUGAAACGGUGUCGAUGAAACAUUUGGAAAAUGCACGCGACAAGGUACUUAUGGGACCGGAGCGAAAGUCGCGUCUGCCGGACGAGGAAGCCAACAAAAUUACUGCAUACCACGAAGGUGGACAUGCCAUAGUUGCUUACUAUACAAAGGAAUCCCAUCCACUACAUAAGGUUACAAUAAUGCCGCGUGGCCCAUCGCUCGGCCAUACCGCUUACAUACCGGAGAAGGAACGCUAUCAUGUAACCAAGCAGCAGCUGCUCGCCAUGAUGGACACGAUGAUGGGCGGUCGUGCGGCGGAGGAAUUGAUUUUCGGAGCGGACAAGAUUACAUCCGGUGCCAGCAGUGACCUGAAACAAGCCACCUCGAUUGCGGCCCACAUGGUCAAGGAGUGGGGCAUGUCCGAGAGGGUUGGCCUUCGCACGAUCGAAGGUCCGAAAGGGUUCGGACAGAAUGAGGUACUCUCACCAUCGACGAUCGAAAGCGUCGAUAACGAGAUCAAGAAGCUGCUGAACGAAAGCUACGAACGAGCAAAGGCGAUCCUGAAGCAACACGCCAAGGAGCAUAAGGCACUGGCGGAAGCGCUGCUAAAGUACGAAACACUGGACGCGGAGGAUAUAAAAGCGAUCAUGGGAGGUGAAAAGCUGGCAGCUGAAGAGAAUUAGGGCAGCGGGCAGAUCGCGCGAAUCAAUGCGAGAUCGGAAGGUGCACAGGGUAGAUGAAGGCCGUCGCACCAGGACGACAUGCAAAAGGCAAAUUUCUUACCGAUUGGGAUGAAGUGUGUGUGUGUGCGUGUGUGCUGGAUAUCAGCCCAAUGCAAACGGGUUGCAGACAACAUCCAAACUCACAUAUAAAACCCACAUCCUUCUGCACGCUUCUAAACGAUCUUGCAAAGUAAACUAAAGCGGUAAGCAGCCAGUCUUUAAGGCAAAUAACAGUGCCCGCUUCUUCUUUUUUAACGCCUUUUAGUGAAGGUGUAGUGUUACAAAACCGCUUGAUGAUAGUGUAAUGUCGAUUGGAUCGAGGACUAAUAUUGCUAGUAAGUGAUUCAAAUUGAAAAUAAAAAAGGGAAAUCUAAAUCGACACCCAGCGUGAGAACACAUGUUAGCGAUCCAAUGUGAAGUUAUGAACUAUUACAUUAAAAAACAAAAACAAAAUACAAAAAAACGAUAUAUGCAAGCGUGUAUAUAUACAUAUUAUUUCUUAGGUGGCACGCUUCGUCAAAAAUAUUCAAAGGCCCACAAAUGUCUGGUAGUACAUGGAAGCCGAACGAACGUUACAAUGAACAUUCAGCGCUGUCCCGAACAAGAACGCGCUUUGCAUUGCUUUAGGUAUGAAAAUAAAGUACUGUUAUCAAGAAUUGAGUUGGAAA